AUGACUUCAGCCUCCUACAAGAAUACUUUUAUAUACCAGCAGGUUGAUGCUUUUGAAGGCCAGCUCAGGGAACUCACAAACUCAAUUCAGCAGUAUGAGCCAAGCGUUGAGGUUGCUGCCAAACUGGUAGCCACUAUGGACACGAUUAACCAAGAAUUAACCCAGCUUGAAAGACUGCAUGAAUUAAAGCGAAACCAAGUAUUUGAACAGAGCAAAGAAAAUCUACGACUGAACGAUGGAAUGAGAAAUAUACUCACAUCACUGAUAGAAUGUCGAAAGGAUUUAAAUGAUUUACCCAAGCUAAGUACUCAUGAGCAAUUGCAGCUGGAGGAUUCGGCGGAAACCCGGAAACCGAAGCUGAAUGCCGUAAAGGAACUUGUGGCAUAUGCCAUGAAACUCGCUAAAUUUUCCAAAAUUCCGCGCACAUUUGAUGGUUUCCUCUUGCCAAAUAACUUUAUCUGGCCCGGUGAUGACAAUAUGAGACGAGGAAUGCUCGCGACAGCGUCUCUAAUGCCAGAGAAAAUCGUGAGGCACGAAAAUGGUGAACCUGAUGACGAAGAUGAUAUCCAAAUGAAAGAUACUGAGGAAACACAGAAACAAGCAGUUGAAGACGAUGAUGAAUUUGUCCCUGAACGUCGACGCGGCCGCAAUUAUGGCUGGCAUUGAUCUUUUCGAUGAAAGUGACGACGAUUGAGCCUUCAGUCGGCUUUCUUAUUCUCCAAGUAAGAGCGCACAUCUUUUUCGAUAUUUGCCAACGCAGAGUGAACAGCGUCAAUUUCCUCUUUGUCGACAGCAGCAUUCUCGUUAGCUUUGACCCAGUCGUCAACCUCUUUGGCCAAUUUGUCAUAAUUAUCCUUUAUUUCCUGGAUAUCAGGAACCACGACAUUUUCAACUUGCAGCUCUUCCUGGUUGUCGAAUUCUGGUAAUUUGCGCACGAUGUCUUGGAGAUCGGUGGCCGAAUUGUAAUGUUCUCUAAGCCGAGCAAGCGAAACAUUUUUGUCCUGGAUUUUUGUAGACUUGAUUGGUUGCAAAUGGUAACUUUGUAAUUUCUUGGAAGCUUGCUUUCCCAAAGGACUAUCGAAGAAAACAAUGGUUGCAACACAACUAAUGUGGACCCAAAAAUAGCAUGUUUUCCACAAGUUGAAAGAGGGAACAAAUCUCAAAAUCAUAAAUGGUUGCACAAUGUAUCCAAACGCUGACUGAGUAACAAACCAGCCAAUUAUGUCAUACAGGAAUUUGUACUUUGACACAUUAGAGCCAUCUUUAGAACAGAAAAGAGGACGCAAGUUUCUGCGGAAGAUUUUGCCGACUGUUUGCAUGAACGCGCCGAUGAUGAAGGUCAUAUAGUAUCCAGGCAUUGUUCCGUGCCAGAAAGCAGAUGUAAAGAACGUAAGGAAGGUCGGUAGCAUUCCGGGUUUCAAUUGACCGCUUUUGGGGUCUCGUUUGCAUGUCCUGAGAUAAAUAUAAUUCUUUAACCAUUUGUUCGUAUUCAUGUUCCAUGCCUCGAGACAGUCGUGAACAUUCUGACCAGUUUCGAAAGCAUACGGAUCAAUGUUUUGAACUCUGUUCCAAUACAUCUUGCCAGUCUUGGGGUCAUACCCAUUGUAGCCCAGACCUGCAACAAUACAGCCAGCUUCACUAAUGGACCAAACAGAAUAGUAUUUCAUCCUGUGGACAAUGCCCAAGAUCCAUAAGAAGAUGAUUUUGUAGAGAAUUGAAUGUUGGGUAAAUUCAAAAGACAAGGCAUAAUCCAACGUAAUUAUUGGUUUGACGUAGAUCCACAAAAUGGCCCAGAAAGCGCCCUGUGCGACUCUCCUCAAGGCAACACGUCCACUGCGCGGAAUUUUGCGUUUGGAAAAACGUCCUGGUCUUUUCUCAAGAGGAACAUCAUUGAAAAUAUCGGUCAGAAUGAAUUUCUCGUAGUCGCUAUAGUCAAAAGAAGGACCAGUCACCAGAGAUCCAUAGAAAAACACGUAUCCAAGGUAGUAAAGAAUUGGUGGGUAUUUCAGAAUUGCUCUAGAUUUCUGGUAUGUGUUGAGGUGAUUGAACUUGUCGAUGUCUUUGUGAUAGAGUCGACCGUCGCUAACAGACCAUCCGAAGGAGCUGAGCUUCAUAACCAAAACCAUCUGGGCUCCAGUAAUGUCGAUCACCGAUGGAUCAUAAUCGGGAGCGAAAAACUGCGCUUUCAGAUGGUUCACGCAGAGAAAAAGCAUCAACGCAAUCAAAUUGACCCACGGCAUAAGUCUUGACUUGUAAUACUUAACGAGGACGAAUGUGAACAACGCAUUAAACAGAAGCACAAAAAAACCUGACCAAAUCUCAAGUAUGAGAAAGAUAUACACGGCACUGACCGCUAUAAUGUAAUAAUUCUUGAAGUGUAUUUUUUGAUCUGGAAUUCGUUUGAAGAUCGCACUUAGAGGAAACGACAAAAAUAGGCACGUCAGGAUCUUACAUGAUCCUUCGUCAAGCCCGGACAAACCCGAAAACUUGGCAAUUGCCAAUUGGAAAGGAUUGUACAUUGAGC